CCGGCUGUGAGCUCUUGGCUUUGGCAGUACAGCUGGACCGUGAAGGGGGCGUGUCGCUGCAAACGACGGUUAGUCAGGGGAUUUUAUUUACGAUAGUUGACACAUUAUUAAAUGAAGUUUAAAAGCAAGGAGGAAAAAAGCUGUACUUGUUCAAACUAUAAUAGUGCAAACUGUGUCUGCCGUUUUGGAAACAAACCACGGGUUUCAAUGAAUUGCACCAGGGUUCUGCAGAUACUGAACCCCAGGCCAAUGCCAAGUCCAAUUAUGCCUGUGGAUGUGGCAAUGAGAAUUUGUCUGGCACAAUCGCCGCCUCUUCGCAGUUUCCUCAGUUCAUAUGAGGACUGCAAGUCCAGGAGCCUAGUCAACCAUUACAAACCUUUGAGAUCCUGCAUCAGCACCAAGACAGACGUGGACACUGAUAACAUAGGGUGGAAUAGUCCCGAGACCAAAAACAAAAAGAAAGUGGUUUUUGCUGAUUCCAAAGGCAUGUCUCUGACGGCAGUCCAUGUAUUCAAGGAAUUCGAGGAAGACCCUAUGUUAGACUUGCAGUUUGAAUUAUCAGACUUGGAGGACGCCAUUGUGGGCCUGAAAUCAGAGAAGGAGAAGAAUUUGAUUUUGGAUUUCCCUCAGCCUUCUGCAGACUAUUUGGACUUUCGGAACCGUUUAAAGAAGAGCCUGGUAUGCUUGGAAAACUGUAUAAUUCAAGAGAGAUCAGUCAAUGGCACAGUCAAAGUGAGUAAUGUAAGCUUUGAGAAAACGGUCCAUGUGCGAAUAACAUUCGAUUCAUGGAAAAGCUACACUGAUAUACCAUGUACAUACAUGAAUAAUGUUUAUGGUUGCGAGGAUGUUGACACUUUCUCGUUUUCCAUCGACCUUCCAAGUUUUGUGCCCCCACAUGAGCAUGUGGAGUUCUGCCUAUCCUAUAAAACUCAUGAUAGCACAUACUGGGACAAUAAUGAUGGCAAAAAUUACAAGCUGGUACAUGCAGAGAAUGACCCCAGCCAGACCAGUGUAACCCAAAAGACGGCAACAGAUUUCAAGAAUCAAGGCAAACGGCCAGAGAUGGAAUUUGAUCAGUUUGGGAGCCCGAGAACAUCUAGUGGAUUCUUCCCUGAGUGGCAGAGUUGGGGUCAUAUUGAAAACACCACCCCCUACUGGUGACAGCUCUAGACCUCCGAUGAACUUGGAAGUAAAUGUUGUAACAAGGACAAAUGCAAAUGGUUUCAGAACUGACUUUUGAAAAGUCUAAAGAGUAAAGAUUAGCAAUGAUGUCCUCAAAAGUGUUGGCCAUUUUCAUUCUGUCCAAAUUAAUUAAAUGUUGGGGUAUGAUUCUGAGAAACACAAAAUUUAGAUUAAAAUAAGAAGUCUGGGCUCUAUGCAACUUUGAGACUAACCGUGACAGUAACACAGAAUGAAAAAUGUUGGUUUAUGUAAUUUUCUAAUUUUGUAGCACACUACGUAUGCUAUUUCGUAGAUCUGACAUGUGGUAAACCAAUAAUUUUCAUAACAUAGAUGCCUUCCUUUGUGUUAUUCUGUGAUUAACUGUUAUACAAUGACAUUUUGGAUAUCUUUCAUCAAGAUUUCCUUGUAUGAAGUGAGCAACUAGCAUUUGCUCUGAAAUAGAUUCUGCAACAUUCUGUAACAUUUUGUUACCUUGAAGGGUAAUAAUUUUGUUACUCUAUCUAAAGUCACAGAAUUUUGGGAAUCCUGUUUUCGUCAAGUCGUCUGUAAAGGGAUAGUUCAACCCAAAAUUAAAUUUCUGUCAUUUAUUCAACCUCCAAACAUAUAUACAUUUCCUUUAUUUUAACAAAAUCAAAGAAAUAUUGGAAUCAUUAAAUAAAAUGUGGGUUUUUUGCCCAUUUAAUGAAAGUGUUAUGGAUCCCACUGACUUUUAUUUUAUGGACAAAACAGCUCUUCAAAUUAUGUUCUUCAAAAAAUUGUUCACUUCGGACUGAUUAAAAGAUGACAGAGUUUUUAAUUUUGUGUUAAUUGUUCCUUUAACAGCAGUUCAUAAAAUGUGUGUAAUUUUAAGAUUAUGGAAUAAUCUGGUACAGUAUGAGAUUGCUUCAUAUUGAAGUUUUUGCAUCUCAUAUGAUAGUACCAGUUUAUCUGUCACUUUCUAAUGAAUGCACUAAGCGUGACGCAUUAUAAGGGAGUCCAUGAGAGAUAAUAAUGCCCAUUAAGUGCUAAAUCCCUGCUGUUGCACUUCCGAUAUUUCCGGUUCUACUUUUUAAAGCUGCACUUUCCUACAAAUUUUUUUUUUCCUACAACAUUUUGCUGCUAUAGUAUUGUGCAUGGCUGUGUGUUCUACAUUGCGAUUUAUGACCCAUGGUGUAUGGAAACUCUCCAGUGUUAUUUGGAGGAUAGAAGAAGAGGGAUUUGGAUGUAACUUUAUGAAGGCCAUAGUAAGUCAGGAUAAGUGGAGAGUAAGGAGAGUGAUAAUAUUAAAUGAGAUUGUUGUUUUUUUCAUGAUUGUUUUUCCCCUCUCCCGCUAGAAAAACUGGUUGAGGCCUUGAAUAAAGGUGAUUAUGGACUGUGAUAAACUGUGAGCUGCUGUAAUUGCGGAGAGGGAUCAUGUAAGUUGAAUGUAAAAAGGGGGCUACGCAAGCCACAGUGUGUGCAUACAUAUUUUUCUACUGCAAAGAAAGAUGUUUGCUUGAAAGAAUGUUGUACUAUACUCUGUGCUCCUGUUAGAAAUAAAACCUAAUGUUUCUAUGAAGAA